GUAUGCUAGAGAAUUCCAUCGGAAUAACAGUCAGGUUUUCUUCAGUGUUCUGAGACGUUAGUUAGUGAAUGUUCUUUCUCUAAAAACUCUAAAUUCUAAAAGUGUGAAAUGUAUUUAUAAAAUAACACAAACUUUGUUGUUUGGGAUUUAGUUUGCAGUUAAAAAUCAUUAUUUUCUGGGUAACGUUAUCGGACAUGGAUUUCGGAGUACAAAUGAACAAAGAUCCAAUGCACCAAGGUGAGAUUCCUUCAUUUACCAACUACUCUCAAGGACCACCCAAUACCGGAGCUCACAGAAGGCAGGCUUAUGUUAGGAUAUUGGAACAACCUGCAUCGAGAGCUUAUAGGUUUCGAUACCAGUGCGAACGUUCCCCGGUUGGAUCUAUCCAUGGAUCUAUCCAAGGAGUCAGCAGUACGCCACAAAUCAAAACGUACCCGGAAAUCCAGGUGGAAGGUUACAGAGGCAAUGCAUUAGUCGUAGUGUCUUUAGUUAUGAAGGAUCCUCCUUAUGCUGCUCAUCCUCACAAGAUAGUAGGCAAGGGAUGCAGACAUGGAGUAUGUACGUUGACUAUACCAGUCGACACUAUGAGGGUGGAGUUCCCGCAUUUAGGUAUACAGUGCGUCAAGAAAAAGGAAGUUGAGAGUUCCUUGACGCAAAGGGAAUCAAUUAGAGUGGACCCUUUUAGGCAACAUUUUCACCAUAAGUAUAAUCCAAACUUAAUAAACCUUAGCGCAGUAAGGUUAUGUUUUCAAGUGAUCUUAGAGGGCGAAACUGGAAAAUACACUGAACCCCUUGAACCUGUAGUCAGUGACGUAAUUAACGAUAAGAGGAUUGUGUCUAGCCUUACGAUAGUCAGUCUGUCAGAUUGUGUCGGCUCUGUCAGUGGUGGGGAAGAGGAUUGUAUAUUACUAUGUGAAAAAGCGUCAAAAGAUGAUAUAGAAGUCCAUUUUUUCGAGCUGGAAAACGAUAGGGUUGUAUGGAGUGCCAAGCCCGACAUCCGUCCCACCCAGGUCUACAAACAGGUCGUUAUUUGGUUCAAGUCGCCACCUUACAAAACCACGGACGUCGAGGAACCUGUAAGAGUUUUUCUCCAACUUUACAGGCCAUCGGACCGGGCCACCAGCGAGCCCGUACCUUUCGAAUUACACCCUCACAACUCAGUUAGUGGUUUGAAGCGGAAGAGAUCCAGGUUUGACCAAACUGACAGUUUCAACGGAUUACCUGAACAUUAUAAUAUCAACAAUGACCAGGCACAAGCGUCCUGCUCCCUCUGGAAUAUUCCACUCAACUCCGCUUCAAAUACUACCAUUCAGCAAAAUCCACAGCAAAUUGGUGAUCGCAUGGAACUAGACAACUUCCAGAUCAAUUCAGACGAUUUGGCCAACACGCUGAGGAGUAUGCCCAUUCAAGGUGGACACUUGCCAGUACUGGAAAACCUGUUUUAACUACGGAACCAAGGGAGCAAUGACUAUAAAAAAUACAAGGAUGCGACAAAACGCGCGAAACACGCGGAUAUUAGCGAUAUCUGUGAUAAUGAAUUAUAGGACGCCAUGUGUUUGGUGCCAAACAAAGCGACGAUUUUUGUGAUUUAAUUUUUUUUUUAAUAAUUUUGUUUAGUGAAUUCUAUUUUGACUUUAUACAAUGGUGAUUUGUUUAGUUUUUAAAUGUAAAACCCGCAGCGAAGAGAAAGAACCACGAAUUACAUUUUUUAGAUAAAUAAACAAACAAUAAUUUUGUGCACCAGC